AUGAAAAUCUAUCACCUGAACAAUAUUUCUGACUUUUUGCUCCUUUUGUUGUGCUUUUUGGGGGAUAUUGGACUUGCAAGCACUGGUGUGAAAGUGAAACCAAUAUGCAUUGAGGAAGAGAGGAAAGCACUUGUGAGCUUUAAAGAAGAUCUUACUGAUCCGUCUCGAAGGCUUUCUUCUUGGGUGGGUCAUGAUUGCUGCCAGUGGGAACGGAUUUCAUGCAACAACUGCACCGGUCAUGUUGCCAAGAUCGAUCUCCGAAAUACAUAUCCACAUUCCACGGCUGAUGAAAAGUGGGACGACAUGGAGUAUGAACAGUCUUGUUUGGGGGGUAAGAUAAACUCUUCUUUGCUUAGCUUGAAACACUUGUAUUACCUGGACUUAAGUUGGAAUAAUUUUGAAGGGAUUCACAUUCCUAAGUUCUUUGGGGAGCUUAAAACUCUGAGGUAUCUCAAUAUCUCCUUUGCAGUGUUUGCGGGAUAG